AUGGACACAAUCAAGAAAGCCAUCGGCAGCGCCUUCGACCCUAACACAGACAUCCCUGAUCUCAGCGGGAAGGUCUACGUUGUUACUGGCGGCUCUGCCGGCAUUGGAUACGGCAUCGUCGCACAUCUCCUUCAGCACAACCCGUCGAAAAUUUACCUCCUGUCGAACAAGGAAGAGCACGCCGAUGAAGCUCAAGAAGCGCUCAAGGAAUGGGGUGAUAUAAGUAAAGUGGAGUGGCGCAAGUGCAACCUCGAAGACCUAAAGCAGGUGGACGAGGUAGCCAAGUCGCUGGCAAAAGAGCUGGACAGACUUGACGCUUUGGUAUGCAAUGCUGGGCUGGGUGUCGGCGUAUACAAUGAGACGCGUGAUGGUCUGGACAGCCACAUGCAGGUCAACGUCUUCUCGCAGGCACAUCUUACGCUCACGCUCUUGCCUAUACUGCAGAAGACGCCUGACUCGCGCAUUGUACACCAAUCCUCUGAUCUGCAUAAGGGCGCUGACUCGAGCAUGAAAUUCGAAUCGGUCCAAGAGAUGAACCAAGACAUUGGCGCAAUGAAGCUCUACAACCGCACCAAGCUAGCACAGAUCCUCUUCCUACGUGAGCUGUACUCUCGUAUCAAGGUUGGCGAAUUCGGUCAAGUCACAGAGAGCAGCGGCUUGCCGUGGAUCAAUGCGACACACCCGGGCGGCGUGUUAACGGACCAGCAAGACCAGGCAGUUGAGGCUUAUGGUACCAUGGGAAAGGUUGGAGUCAAAGCGGUUAGGCCGUUCAUGAAAGAUCCCGUAGCUGAAGGAUGUCGCCCGGCCCUGUUUGCUGCCGUGUCACCUGAUAUUGUAAAGGAUCAGAUUCAGAACUCAUAUAUUGUUCCUGAUAAGAAGGUCCAAGAAGCGUCCAAGCAGGCCAGAGAUGAAAAGUUGCAAAGAAAUCUGUGGAGGCUGACCAAGGAAGUCUUGGAGUCGAAACUUGGUAGUCUGCCGUACGAGAUGAGAACUGGUGUUGUCAACACAGCGUAG